GUAAACGACAGUGUCAGGGCCAGCGGAGCUAGAAGGGAGUCGUUCUCAAAAUCCGCAUUCAUCCUUUUUUAAACAGACUUUUUUCAGGGUAAAAAUUACUAGAGCAUAAAGUUCACAGCUUACUCUUUUUAAUAAGCCUAAUAUUUUGAUAUUUCCCGAUUCGGAAUGUUAGAAAACGACUGGUGAAAAUUGGGUAGCUACUGUGAAGGGAUUUUAGCAAGCUAGCUGUAUAGGGAUUCUGGCUGGGAGAGACGGAAGAAUAGACGGAUAACAAAGAACGGAUUUUCGUUGCUUUUUUUAAACACUCCGAACAUAUAUCAUUUAAAUCACUCCCGUUAAAGCUAGCUUUAUCGCUAGCUUUGUUAUUUAUCAUGGAACUGAGAGUAGGAAACCGAUACAGACUGGGAAGGAAAAUUGGCUCUGGAUCCUUUGGUGACAUUUAUUUGGGCACAGACAUCUCGGUGGGGGAAGAAGUAGCCAUCAAGCUAGAAUGUGUGAAAACGAAGCACCCACAGCUGCACAUCGAGAGCAAGAUCUACAAGAUGAUGCAAGGAGGCGUCGGUAUCCCAACAAUCAAAUGGUGUGGAGCAGAGGGAGAUUAUAAUGUGAUGGUAAUGGAGCUGCUGGGACCCAGUUUGGAGGAUCUCUUCAACUUCUGUUCUCGCAAGUUCAGCCUAAAGACUGUUCUUCUGCUGGCUGACCAGAUGAUCAGCCGUAUCGAAUACAUACACUCCAAGAACUUCAUCCACAGAGAUGUCAAGCCCGACAACUUCCUUAUGGGCCUGGGGAAGAAGGGCAACCUUGUUUACAUCAUUGACUUUGGCCUGGCCAAAAAGUACAGAGAUGCUCGCACCCACCAGCACAUCCCUUAUCGCGAGAACAAAAACUUGACUGGCACUGCUCGCUACGCUUCCAUCAACACCCACUUGGGAAUAGAGCAAUCCAGACGAGAUGACUUGGAGUCUCUUGGCUAUGUGCUCAUGUACUUCAACCUGGGCUCUCUGCCAUGGCAGGGUCUGAAGGCUGCCACAAAGAGACAGAAGUAUGAGCGAAUCAGCGAGAAGAAAAUGUCCACUCCUAUUGAAGUCCUGUGUAAAGGAUACCCAUCUGAGUUUGCCACAUACCUCAACUUUUGCCGCUCCCUUCGCUUUGACGACAAGCCAGACUAUUCUUACCUGAGACAGCUCUUCAGGAACCUUUUCCACAGACAAGGCUUUUCAUACGACUAUGUGUUUGACUGGAAUAUGCUUAAAUUUGGUGCAAACAGAGCGGCAGAAGAUCCGGAGAGAGAGCGGAGGGAUCGAGAGGAAAGAUUGCGACAUGGACGGAAUCCUGCUGCCCGUGGAGUGAUGCCUUCCAGCUCAGGUAGACCCAGAGGAACACAAGAAGUAGCACCUCCCACACCCCUCACGCCAACCUCACACACAGGAAUGGAGCGAGAGAGGAAGGUCAGUAUGAGAUUGCACCGUGGAGCCCCUGUCAACAUUUCCUCCUCCGAUCUAACUGGCCGACAGGACACCUCACGCAUGUCCACAUCACAGAAUAGCAUUCCCUAUGAUCACCACGGCAAGUAGAUGCUCGCCAUGUUCUGGUAUGAGAGACAGCAUUGGGCUCUUUCUCGUGUCACCCCAAGUGGCCUGCAGUCUGCCGUACCUCGAUGAGACCCUCCACACACCUCAAGAGCAGACCAACCAUGGCCCUGAUCUGCACUAGGACUCCAGCAGCCUCUAACCAUGUGAAAUCAACCUCAGCAAAUCAAAUCGAAACAAGAGACUUCAUUUCCACCUUCCUCUCAAUGCAUUUAAACACACUUGAGUCAUGCAAAUUCAAGAGAUGGACAGAUUUUGGUUUUCUUCUUUUCACACACACUCCACACACACACACACACACACACACAAAAACAUUUCCUUACCUACACUACUCCAAGACACCUGGGCACAUCAGUUGGGAUUGUUAACAUUACUUUUUGCCAGACAAUCUCUGGCGAGAUGGGAGGGACAGGGGGGUGGGGCGGGGCGUGAUUCUUGGCCAUCACUGCUUUCAGCCCUCUGACAAACACCAGAAGGAGAGGGCCAUCCUCCUGCCAUCCAGGGGCCUCUUCGCAAAGCAGAGCUUCUUGGCUAAAGCCAUGUACAAUAGCUCUGAUUGCGCAACUCACCCUCUUCUGUUGCAAAAAAAUUACUUUUACACAGCUUGGAAUGCAGCUGUACUGAUAGCCAUUGACAUUUUGCUUACUGUAAUCUUUUAUUUUUGUCUUUUUGUUUAUGUACAACAGAGAUUAAAUUGAUUUCACACUGGUUACAGUUUUUUGCAGGUGAAUCAUUUUCUCUUUUUGAUAGUUUAACAGGAUUAAGCUUAAUGAAAUGUGCAGAAUUAAAUUGAACAUUUGAAAGCCUGUUUGUUCAUGUGGCAGGAUGAAGGCAUUGUCCUUUUUAUGUCAUUUUGUAGUUUAUUAUGUCGAAGGCCAGACAGAGAAACAUACAGCAAAGGUUCGAGUAGUCGUACCCACAAUACCACCUUCACACCUUUUUAGAUUAUUUUUAGUUUGUUGCACCCGUCAACCUGGCCCUCUUUAUCAACUCGAUUAUCAAGAAUUGCUCAUUGAUUUGAUUGCAUUCCCUCAAGCCUUUUUUUGUUUCUCGAAUGCUGUGAAAUGCCUGUAUUGUAGAGUUGUUGAUGUUAUUAAUGUUGCUCUUUGUUUCUUUUUACCCCCUGAACUAAGCUUAAUGCUUUUACAGUAAUGCAGGCACACAUUGUUGGGUCAAGACUGUUGGACAAUGUCACUGAAAGACAUUUAUAGCCGUUUAAGAAGUCUAAUAAUAAGUAAAAGGGCUUCAUUUUUCUGACCUGAGAGUAUGAACAUGAAAAACUUGGGGCAUUUGUUGAGACAAACGGGCACAUUUUCUUUUAACUUUUGUGUUUGGAUUUGGAAAUGGAUGUCCUGAGCCCAGCUUGUCUCAUUGAUAAUACACCAGCCAUCAUUUAAGCCAUGCCUGAUUUGUUUUUGUUUUCUUUUGACACUUUUAACAAUUGCGAUGCAAGUUUUUGUUUUUCUUCAACUUUAUUUACUGAGUAUUACCAAUGCUUUUAGUACUACUUUUCCCUUGUUUCAGAAGUGUGGUUCCUUGACUUACUGGUGCUAUAUAAGUCACAGGACAUGGAAGGCGAGCUGCCUGUCUGUAUCAUUCAGCAGAGUAGAGGAUAGGCUUUUUCUGUAGUCGUGGGUGGGGGGGAUAGUGGUGAAACUUUUAAAUUCUGUUG